AUGUCGAACUUGGAAAGACUUCUGGCAGAACAAGAAAACUUGGUCAAGAGCAGAAAGUACAAAUUCUACGCGAUCCCGCUGCCUGAAAGGCCAAAGAAAAACAUUACAAGAUGGGAGUGCGGGAUUCCCGGGCCUCAGGACGAUGUAUACGAGGGGUCCUACUACACGCUGUAUGUAGACUUUCCGGACGACUAUCCAUUCAGCCCUCCACAAGUCAUGUUCAAGUAUCCUGUAUACCAUCCAAAUGUUUAUCCCACAAACCAGGUGUGCCUCGACAUCAUCGGAGAUAGGUGGAAGCCCAGCCUGAACAUUAUGAAUGUCCUUUGUGGGAUCCAGCAACUUCUUGGAAGCCCCAACACGCGCAGCCCUGCAAACACCGAUGCCAGUGGAUGCCUUAGAAGGGACCCGGCAGGGUAUCUGGAGAGUGUAAGAGAAAACAUCAAGAGAUACCACAGCAAGCCAGAAUGGAGAGGGCUAUGA